AUGCAGCACUACGGGGUGAACGGAUACUCCCUCCACGCCAUGAACUCACUGAGCGCCAUGUACAACCUGCACCAGCAGGCGGCGCAACAGGCCCAGCAUGCACCUGACUACAGGCCCUCGGUGCACGCGCUCACCCUUGCAGAGAGACUGGCUGACAUUAUCCUUGAGGCCCGGUAUGGAUCCCAGCACCGAAAGCAACGGCGGAGUCGGACAGCCUUCACCGCCCAGCAGCUGGAGGCCCUGGAGAAAACCUUCCAGAAGACCCACUACCCUGAUGUGGUGAUGCGUGAACGUCUGGCCAUGUGCACAAAUCUACCUGAGGCCCGCGUGCAGGUCUGGUUCAAGAACCGCCGGGCCAAAUUUCGUAAGAAGCAGCGCAGCCUGCAGAAGGAGCAGCUCCAGAAGCAGAAGGAGGUCUCAGGAGCCGCAGAAGGCUCCACAGAGGACUCCAAGACAGAUGUCUCUGGCACCACUGUGGUCCCAGAGACCCUCACUACUGCUACUCCUCCUCCUCCGUCCUCCUCCUCUUCAUCCUGUCAUUCAGAGACAGAGAGACUGGCAGCGGCGGCGGCAGCACAGCCUCAGCCCGGAGAGAUGAGCGUGGAAGUGAACGUCACCUCCCCUGAGCCGUCGGACAGCGAGUCAGCAGCAGAAGAUAAUGCUGACAGAGACGAGGACGAAAUGAGAGAGGAGACCAGGGUGAAGAUCAGGGAGGAGACGCAGGGGGAGGUGGGGGCUCAGCCGGGGAGCAGCUCCCCAUCCUGCAAACGCCUCAGCCCCACAUCAGACUCUCCUCUGAGUUCUCCCGCCCUGCCGUCCUCCAGUAGUGUUACCAGCGGUUUGGUCCAGAGUAACUCCUACGCUUCGUCCCCCCUCAGCCUCUUCCGGCUACAGGAGCAGUUUCGGCAGCACAUGGCCGCCACCAACAACCUGGUGCACUACCCGUCCUUCGACAUGAGCACACCGUCAUCUCUGCCCUACUUGGGCAUGAACGUCAACAUGCCGUCCCCGUUGGGCUCGCUGCCAUGCCAGUCUUACUAUCAGACCUUGUCCCAGGCCCAGCAGGUCUGGAACAGCCCGCUGCUGCAGGCUGCCCCAGCUGGCCUACCGGGAACCCUCAACAGCAAGACCACGAGCAUCGAGAACCUACGUCUGAGGGCCAAGCAGCACGCAGCGUCACUGGGACUGGACACGCUCCCCAACUGA